AUGGCCAAAGGGUCUGCUGGCCAGGCGAAGAGCGUGCCCAACAAGCAUUUGCAUGCGAGGAUCGCAUACUUACAUCAAGCUGCAACUCACCUUGCCCUGCAUCGCCCUCCCAUAACACACACCGACCCGUCAGACGCCGACCUCAAACUGCAACAGCAUGGACUACCUCUCCUGCUCGCAGCACAGCUCAAGGCUGUAUCGCAAAAGGCUCAGAUCCGCCUCUCUCACGACAUGAAACGAUCUAUCUGUAAGGUUUGCAGCACGCCUUUGAUGCCUGGUACAACUUCAGAGACGCGUAUGGAGAAUUUGAGCAGAGCUGGAAAAAAGCCGUGCGCCGAUGUCCUUGUCAUCCACUGUCGAAACUGCCAUACCAAGAAGAGAUUCCCUAUGGGCGCUCAACGUCAGAAGAAGAAGGCUGAGCGUAAGGCUGCUGCUGCUGCCGCUGCUGCUGCGGGAAUGGCGACACAUGACAACGAGGUGGAAAUGAAGAACGUUUGA